UGCAGGGGAUCUGAUGCCAUCGUGUUGCCUUUAUUGGGGCAAAUGUAGCGCCAACUGUGCUACACGCUGCAGCUAUGGGGGUCAGUGCACGUUCUGUACAUCAAAACUCGGUCGUUUUGUCAAGCUACAACGACGUGCUGGCUGCUCGUUGACCGCUUUGCAGCAGGGAGAAAGCCAAAGAAGGGAGAGAACUAGACAAGGAGAGGUGACAUUAGCGCGCGUCAGUGGGAUAACUCGGUCGAUAAGCGCCGGAUAGGGUUCUGACAGAUGAGUUUGAAUUUCAAAACAGUUGGAAUGCGUACAAUUCUGAUGUAGCUUCUGCACGCAUGCUCUCUUACCGAUUAGUAACAUUUGAAAGUCUUGCACAAGGUGCACUAAUCAUCACCGGUGAUUGAAAUGGAAACUUCAAAAUUCUUCUUGAACUUCUUUCCUGAAAGGCACACACUACAGUGUGCAAUCGAACAGUCGAAAACUUUUUCCCUUUCCCGUUCGUUAAUCAAACAAAAGUGCCAUUAAUCACCCACCUCGGACACCCAAUGACAACGCGAUGCAGACCGAAGAUGCUGAUGUGCGCUUGUGUUCGAUCGCUCUUGGCGCAUUGUCGCCAUCAUUUCAUCGGACUUUUGUGCUUCCGUUCUGAUGUAGAACCUAGCUCGCUAGCUCGUUCGGCAGGCGUGGAGAAACGCGUUCGGUGCUUAUCAGUUGUUUCAAUCUUUCGUGUGUCGCUUAUCGGGACCGGCCUCUGGGCCUCGAGUGCUGGCUGGUCUCCGCAUGAGCAUGGCAAAGCGAGCAGAAAAGAUUUGCCACCCCCUGAAUGGAAGGGAGUCAGAGCAAGAGAGAGAGAGACGUGUGUACGAAUGUUAAUAACGUACCAUGUUUGACUAGCGAUAAAGUUAUGAUGAAUAUUUUUCGCUUAUCUUCGAUAUCGCGCGGCCGGUUGGCUGUGCUUGUGUUUGCUGCGUGCCCCGCAUCGGUCGGAUGCUUCUUGCCUCGACCAGGGACGCAACCGGCGGAAGUAUGGUACGGUCGCGUCCGGUUUCUUUUGCUUUUUACCACAGCCUCUACCUCUUGCACCGAGAGACGGUGCUCGUACAGGGCUAUCAGAGGCUUCUAUUAGUGCCUUAUCUAGUUGUGUCCGACGAAUGAGCGAGCGGGAACUUCGCCACGGCUCGAUGCUGCUGCUGCUACCGAUGGAUCGGCGAUUGGAUUCCACUUCCUUGUGGCACGGUUUUGGGUACACAUUAGGAGCGCCCGCCUGCUGUAGAUAUAGACGCUGAUAGGGAGCGUACAUUUACAUAUAUACCGGUACGCAUCCACCCUCCAUGUGGGCCCUCGCCGAUAAGACUCGCCCCGUGCCCACGUCUGCCUUAUUGGCGUUUUGAGAAGUCGACGUUGCGUCGAUACGCAGACCAUUCCGUGAGGUGUCUAAGAAUAUUGAGAGGCAGGAAAGCGCUCACUGGGCGAGGUGUCCAAAUAUAGCUUCAUUCCCAUAUCUCUAGCCGCUCUUUAUCGCACACUCGGAUCUAGCGUUGUCGGGCCGGGUCGGCGGGUGUGCGGAAAGGUGUGCUCGCCUGGCCCUUCAAAUCAACAAACCAAUCUCCCUACACUCAAGCGCCGCUCCUCUUCGCCGGCCGCUUCACUCACAGUCUCGAGGAUGGCUCUUUUCUUAUCUUUGCUGCGCGCAAUUCGAUUAUAUCUCAAUCCUCCGGCAGUUCAUGGUGGAAGUGGCCCAAGAUGUAACACCCCACCGUUGGCCUCGGUUGCUAGUGCGCCCAUCUGGUGCGGUUCAGUCGUAGAGUGACUAGCGCGCCGAUAACAACACGGGGAGGACCUCGCUGCUGUCCGUGAGAAGUUCAUUCCGGUUGAGCAGUUGGUGCGUGCGUGUCUUGUUAAGUAGUGCCCAUUUAAAGUGAAAUUGUUUUUUGUAUUGAAAUCAGUGUGCAAGUGUACCUUAUAUUGAUGGGAAUUUACCAGUGUGUGCGUGUUGGAAACAGUGUACCACCAAAAUUGAAAUUCAAGAAAUCUGUCCAAAAAUAUAUGAAGCAAAUUGCUUGCAAUAUUAACAAGUGAAGCGUGCUCAACUUCUAAGUGAAUUUAAGUGUAGGUUCCGGAUUGUACAUCCUCAACCGCACGACCCCUCCCCGUAUGUUGGCAAGCAGUUGGCGCAUAUGAACGUCUUGCGCAUCCAUCAGUACCACCGACCAGUGAGCGACGGCCUCGAGAUGCAUCCCAAGCUUUACGAGCUGUUACGCUCGAGAAGCACCAAGAUCAGGCUCGGAGACGAUGAGGAAGCCGGUGGUGAUGAACAGUCCCAGCAGCAGCAGCAAACACAAAGCACAGCGGAGGAAAACGGUGAUAGCAACAGCACAAUAGGAAGCAACAGUGCAAACAGCAGCAGCAGCAGCAGCAGCAACAGCAGUGGCAGUAAUCACAGCAGCAGAAGUAACAGCCGGGCCGAAAUGAACGGCGGUGGAACGGAAGGAGGCGGCAGUGCACAGGACACAAAACCGCCCUGCCACGAGACGGAAAUGGGGGCGGGCGAGCGGGGCAGUGCAUCACCGCACCGGACGGCGACGGACGAACGUUGUGAAACGCCGGCGGAUGAAACGAUGCCGCUGCGCGAAAUCAAGCAGGAACCGAACGCAGAGCAGGAAGCGGCACGGCACGACCAUCGGCCGGCAUCGAGCAGUUCCUCCUCCCACGGGGCACCGCACACACCGUCCCCGACGCCGAUGCCGAUGCUGCGCCUGAACGUGGCCCUGGCCGCCGAUCCGGCCGCCAACCCGGACGCGAAGGAUCUCAAGAACCUCAGCGAUGCCGAGGCGGCCCUCGAGGAGAAGCAAUCUCAGCAGCUGCACCAGCAGCAGCACGCACUCAACAUGGCGAUCGGAGGGCCUCCGCCACCGCCCGCCCUUCAGCAGCUGGCCAGCAGCACACCGCCCGCCCUGCUCACCCGCAAACCGAAGGAGCUGGCCCUGCCGGUCGAGCUACCCCCGCGGCUUCCCAUGUUCAUCUGCGGCCCGUGCGGCAUUCGCUUCUCGUCCGCGUCGACGCUCGAGGCGCACCAGACGUACUACUGCUCGCACCGUAAAGAUGCGGACGAGGGGGGUGGUGGUGGUGGUGGUGGAGCGGGCGCUGGUGGCACGGGAAACAGUGGAGCGAACGCCACCGUCACUGGCGGCCCCUCGUCGGGCGGCGUAAAGAACGCACAUCCGGGCGGCGAGGGCGGUGAGCAACCGCCGGCAAAGGCGCUCAAGACGGGCAAACAGUACGCCUGCUCGCAGUGCUCGUACAGUGCGGACAAGAAGGUGUCGCUGAACCGGCACAUGCGCAUGCACCAGUCGUCGCCCUCGCCGUCCCCGGUCGGUGCGAUCGUGAACGGAGACGAAGCGAUCGUGCUCGCCAACCACCAUCAACAGCAGCAACAGCACCAGCAGCAGCAGCAGCAGCUACAGCUCAUCCAGGCGCAAGCUGUUGCGGCUGCCGCCGCCGUACUACACCAACAGCAGCAGCAGCAGCAAGGCCAGCAGCCGCCACAAGGCCCCGCGCCCCAGGUCGACCGUUACUGCUCGGACUGUGAUAUACGAUUCUCCAGCACCAAGACAUAUCGGGCGCACAAGCAACACUACUGCAGCUCGCGCCAUCGGGAAGGCAAUCAGUCAAACAACUCCACACCCAAGCCGGCGUCGGCACCGAAGUCGGGCUCGCAAAGCCCGCCGGACGUGCCGAAAACGCCACCGGUCGGGUCGGCGGCCGCAGCGGCCGCCAGCAGUCAGCAACCGUUCCUGGCGUUGCCCACCAACCCGAUCAUCGUGAUACCGUACUCGCUGAUUCGGGGCGCGAGCGUUAUUCCGGGACUGCUCUCAUCGCUCGCACCCGGUGUGGCCAAUCCCGAGUCGGCUUGUUUCAUCCUACAGAACGGCAGCCUGCAGCCAAUUGCGAUGUCGCUCGCGUCCCAGGUGCAAGCCGUUACGGCCGCAAUCGUGCCGAGCGGGUUCGAAGGGCUGAUCGGAUCGCCCGGUGGUCCAGCAACAACGCGGCCAGGAAUAAGCAGCGGCAACCAACAGCAAACGCACCAACAGCCCGCCCAGCCACCUUCCCGCGGACCCACACCGAACAUAUCGAACAGUAGCGACAACAAUAGCGUACACAGCGGCUCCGGUGGUGGAGGGCCAGCUUCCGGCACCGGGGAAGUACUGAAAGCGAUCAACAAGCGAGAAAACUCCGCCAACAGAGAUGCUCCGACCGGUUCCACGCCGUUGGAUCUUUCCGUACGUCGCCUCUCGCCCGGUGCCAUCGGUAGCUUAAGUUUGCGCGAGCGAUCGCUCUCACUGUCGUCCGCCGUUUCCGCCGACCCGAGGCUCGAUUUUGACAGUCUGAUGGAGGGCAAGGAGAAUCUGUCCGUCAGCGGCGACUCGCUCACACCGGAACAGAUCGUCUGUGCGCCGUCCCUUCCGGGCAGUCCGCCGCUAACUCCUUCCCCGAAGCGUCGCUCUAACAGUCCCCGGGGAGGUGGUGGUGGCGGUGGUGGUGUCCCUCCCCCCGUCUCUAACGCCACUACAGCAGCGGCUGUAGCGGCUGCUGCUCAUGCGGCUGCCGCCGCCAGUCAACACGGACUCGGCGGCCCAGUCGGAGGCUUAUCCCUCUCCCCGCUAACGCUCCAGCAGCAGCUGAUGCGGCCGCUGCUCCCGGCGGACAUUGCCCUGCGCCUCUCGGCCGUCGGUGAUCCGGGCGUCAAUCUGAACCUCAACAUCCUGCCCAACACUCAUCCGCUGCUGACGAAGCAAAGCGUCGAGCUGGCCCUGCGGCUUUCCUCGUCCGCCGGUGUCCCUGUCGGCGACGGGGGACUAGCGAAGCCACAGAUUUCUCCCCUGCUGAACAGCAUCUCGCCGACCGGGUCGGUGGGCGGCGGAGGGCCGGCCGCUGCCGUACUGGCGGCUGCCGCCCAAACGCCGCAAAUCUUUGUGAAGCAGGGCGACUCCAAGUGCAAGGAGUGUAACAUCGUGUUCUGCAAGUACGAGAACUAUCUCGCCCACAAGAAGCACUACUGCUCCGCCCGCAACCAGGACGGCGGUGGCGAUGGGGAGCUGCCCAAGGUUAGCCCACCGAUAUCACCGCAAGCGAUGGGUGGUGGUGGUGGUGGUGGUGCUGGAGGCGGUGGAGUAUCGUCGGGGGGCAGUCCGGCCAUUGGUGUAGGAGCGGUUGCGUACCAGCAGCUGAUCUGUGCGGCGUGCGGCAUCAAGUUUACGUCGUUGGAUAAUCUCAGCGCGCAUCAGAUGUACUACUGCCCGAAGCGUAUCGAUGCCACGCUGCCAGUGAGCGCCACAACAACGACGGUGGUGACAGCGCAACCGCACAAGGAACGCUGCUCGAAGUGCAAAAGCUUGCACGAGCCGGGCCAACCGUGCACGGUGGCCGGGCACGGCGCCUACAAGUGUCCGAUCUGUGAGGUCAUCAGCCCGAACUCGACCGAGGCACGGCGCCACAUGGAUACGCACGGUGGGGUGAAAGCGUUUCGCUGCACGAUCUGCCGGUACAAGGGCAACACGUUACGUGGCAUGCGCACCCACAUCCGGAUGCACUUUGACAAGAAGACGAGCGAAUUCAAUGAGGAAAACUUUAUCACCUGCAUACUGGAGGAGGACGGUAUUGAGAUACCGCCGGCCGGCGCACAGAAUGCAGCCGCCAUGGCCGCAGCCGCUGCAGCCGCCGCCGCCCAUGCACUCGCCUCGCAGAAGAGUUUUGCGCCACCGCCACCCUCGGAAGCGGACGGGAUGGCACGCAUCUCACCACCAACGGCCGGCAAUGGGCAAUCGGUGCGGCACCACUGUGAGUUUUGCCCGUACAGCUCAAGCUAUCGCGUGAAUGUGGCCAAACAUAUCAAGCACGUGCACGGCCGGGACGGGCCUUCGCCCGGUAGUUCGCCCCUGAUCGGCGAGGGAGGUGAAUCGCUGCUGUACAACGGUACCGGACCGGUGGCAGGAGACUCGGGUAGCGUCAUCGCACGGCCCCCAAUCGCCGUCACGCCCGGGCUAACCAUGGCCAAUAGUCAAGUGAUCAAAACGGAACCAAAGGACGAAGCGGGCCACGCGCCCAGCCCGGACGCACCGGACGCGCUCGACAUCAACGUGGACAUCGUGCUGGAGGAGCCGCCGGCGAUCAAGAGCGAAGUGUUCGAUCCACACAUGCCGUCGCUCAACUCACCGCUCACUUCGCCGGUCACUCCUUCUCCUCCUGCUGCUGCUGCGGCUCCGGCAGCAGUGCCAUCGACCACCGUGAAACAGAAAUCUCACCCCACCAACGCCGCCAGCUCACCGGGGGGCCGGACGGAGCACGGCAUUAAAACGCCGUCACCGCCGGUGGAAGUGUCGGCCGGUGGUUCGCCCCAGCUGCCACCCGGGCCCAAGUACUGCGACACGUGUGAUAUUACCUUCAACUACACCAACACGUACAUUGCGCACAAAAAGUUCUACUGCAAGGCGGCAGUGGCAGCAGCGGCGGCGGCAGCGGCAGCAGCGGCAGGGACAGCAAGUGCAUCCGCCGGGUCCGGCGUUGGUCGGCGCAGUGCAUCCGCUUCACCGAGCCGGGCAGCAUCGACCAGCCCGGCCGUCACCGUGGCCGUGAAUCGGGCGACGGAAACGUCCGUUUAAGGAAGGGUUGAUCGAGCAUUAUCAUGUGUAUACGGUUUAAGUUUAGUCAGAAGUACAGAAGGCAGCGCGAGAGAGAGAAAGAGAAGAGAGAGACACUUACCCAUAGGAGGUCUCGCUCGAUCGUUCUCGCUCGCUGCUGUCGGACGGUUCCUUAAAGGAAGUAGUGCAUUUCCCAGGAAAUAAAAACGGGCAAACGUGUGUUGUAUGUAACGCCGGAAUCUAACUGGUAUCGAGGGUUUUUGUAGGUAAAAUAGGGAGGGAAAACGUCAGUUUUUUCGACUGAAAAAUGUAUUCCCAUUGGACUUAGGGGUGUAUUCCCAUUGGACUUUGGAUCCUCGUAGAAAGGCGUAGAGAAGAAUGUUUCCAAACAAACGAAAUACUUGCGCUAAAUUCUGCUCAAAAUCUCCAAUUGGAAACAAAACAAAAAAAACGCGCACCAGCACCGAACGUUUAUUUAAAUGAAUCAAUUUAAGCUUGUUGUUUUCUGUUGAGAUCCUUCGAAAUCCUUCUCUAAAUCUCUCUCAACUCUCACCCUCCCAAAAUUCUUCUCCUUCUCUUGUAGUGCGAAACUAUAGAACGGGGGACAAUUGUGUAGUUCAAUUAAUUAAUUAAUGCCUCCCGGGAAUUGUUUUUCAGCGCCCAACUUUAAGCGAAGUACCAUUAAAGCCUGAGUUUACCAAAGUGUUUAUCGUUUAUCGUCGUACGUGUAUAGUUUUGUGUGUUGUUAAGCAAACGCACAAACAAAUCACCACUAUCAGAUAACUGUCUGUUUGUGUAUAUAUAUAUAGGGAACAGGAGCAAAAGUACUGUUUAGCGCGCCAUCAUUAUAUGUUAAGCGGAGCUGGUUUAUUUUUAAUUGCUAAAUAUGCAUUUAAAAGCGCGUAACAGCCAUAAAGUAGCCGUGUUUCGCACUGGGUCGCGUGUAGUCUGCAAGGGGAAGCCGUGGGGAGAUUAGUGUAAAUGUUAAAUGUACACAGUAAACGAAUAAACGACAACAAAUUAUAAGGCUGGAUUUAAAACAACACAAAAACCCUAUUACUUACUUAAAAUGAACCCUUUUUUCUGUGCAAUCGAUGCGCAUCGUCCUGUGUCGCUAAUGCGUGCCCUUCUCCAAACCAUCGGUCUCCCGCCCCAGACCAGAGCUGCAAUCUGGCAUCGGAAGCUGAGAUAUUGAAUUUUGCAACAUAAUCACUCGUGGUGGUGGUAGCUCGUUGUAGUGUGUGUGUUGUUGUGUAUUUCCUUAAGCUCUCGAACGGAAUUUCGAAAUAAAAUGUAAUGUAAGCCCAUUUAACCGCAGUGGCGCAGCCAUCCUUCACAGCCAUAUAUACGGGAACGGGAGAUCAGGCGGCAAUGUGUACAGUAAAGCCGCAUAUUAUAAAAAAAAGAAACACUUCAUCCACUGAAAAGGAGGGCAGAGAUACUGAAAAGAAAUUAAAUGUGAUGAUAUCAAUCAAAUAAACAUACGCCGCAUACUAAAACAGCGCAUGAUGCUUCGGAGAAAAAGGAGAAAAGAGAAGCGAAAGAAUGUGUAAAUAACAAUUAAAAGUGAAUAUCAACUAACGCAAACAAACAAAAACAAUAAAACACUUUCUCAAUGUGUGUCUUGGUAUGUGAGUUUGUGCGUGCAAAAAGAAAAGGUAAAAUUACGCACGAGCAUAGUAACAACAACAAAAAACAGUCAGUAACUUUAUGCAAUACACAAAAUUGGGGGAAAAUUGGGGGAAAACUUACAGAGCGCAUACGAACCAUAAUAGCAGAAGCGGAAAUUGACAAUAACAUAUUUAUUCACCACUUCAUCGUGGUAGGCGAUGGAUGGCCACGUGCCACCACCCCACGGCGUGCUGAUUGCGCGGCGGAUGAUGAUGCGCGUGCUCCUCGUGGUGCGCACGUGGAGUGCGCACAGAGGUAAGCAGAUCUGUAGUAUGUUUAGCGUUUAGUGUAAAAGCAGUUGGUAGUAGUUGUAGCACACGCAAAAUAAAGCUAUCCCAAAACUAAUGAACUUACAAGCGAGCACAAGCAUUAAUGGUAUGAUUGGAGGGGGAUGAAAGGGAACCACUUCUCUUAGCCAGCGCCAAGGGAAUGCCUCUUUUGCUCUCUACAACCCCAUCUUCGGAUAGACCCCUUGUCCUCAGUAGCAGAAUGUUUAAGGAAAGCUGUCGAGGAAAUUCCACAACCCUCGUCAAACGCAAGGACACCCCCCACUUAAUGGCAAAGUUAAAAUAAACCCCCCAUUUUUCUCGGAGAUUGAAAAAUAAAAUGCAACACUAAGUAUGUGGAUUAAACAGAAUUAAAUAACAAA